AAAAGUGAUAAAGAUAAAACGAUGAUGGCCGUGAAUAUAUGUGAAUUGAGAUAUGUAUCAAGUGAUAGUGUAAGAAGUCUAAUUAAAGUAAAUAGUGAUAAAUUGCCCUCAUUUCCGUCACGUAAAUUUUAGUGUGCUUCAAUUGAUGCUUCACUUUUAAGUUGUUCACAUUGACUCUAUAUAUACGAUUGUUGUCACUCGUUUCUUUGUCAUUUGUUUUUGUGUAUUUAAUUUAAACCAUUAUUUUUUUUUUAUAUCUACAAAUGAAGUGUAUUUUUAAUUUAAAGUGUUUUACAAUUUACCAUUAACAUCAACAACUGAAUUUAAAUUGUUAUGCUGAUCUGGAUAAUAAAAUUAAAAAUAUGUCUAAAAUCAAGAUACUCGAUGUAUUUUUUUUAUUGACAUAUUUAUUAUCAAUAACUCAUUAUAUUAAUUGCGAUGAGUUGAUAAAAAUUUUUCAACAAGGGCAAACAGAAUUGGAUGAUUAUACUGGAUAUCAAGAUGUAUCAAUAAUUCAUUUUAAUGUACCAGAUAAUUUAGCAUCAGUUACAUUCAAAUUUACAGCAAAAGAAUUAAAAUUAAGUGGAUUAGGAAGUUGUACACCUAGAGAUGUAUCAAUAUAUCUCAAAUUAGGAAGUAUACCAUUGGUACAUCCUGAUGGAGCAAGUGUUAAUACAAAGUUAUUAAAUAAUCGUCGUAAAUAUUAUGAAGUUAAUUUUACAAGUGGUGGUGAUCAAUAUGAUGUUAAAAUAACAACACCAACUCCUGGUGAUUGGUUUGCAAUUGCAUUUCGUUCAUGGACUGAUCCAAAUUCUGAAAAAAUAACACAACAAGGUCUAGGUACAAUAUGUUCAACAAUACUUGAUGCUGAUUUACUUGUUGAAAAAAUAAAAUUAUCAAUGAUAAUGGAUAUAAAUAAUAAAUAUAAUAUAAAUUUAAAUAAUUCAUUAAAUACAGCAUUAUUAAAAUUUUUAAUUGAUGAUAAUUAUCAUGAUAUUAUAAAUAUUUCAAUAACAUCAUCAUGUGGUGAUAAUUGUAAAAUUUCAAUAAAUAUUAUUGCUGAUGAUGUUAUAAAAAGUACACAAUUAAAUUCAACAAAUAUAACAUUAUCAUUUAAACCAUAUAUACAAUAUUUUCAUCAUUUAACAUUUGAAUUAUUAUCUGGAAACUCAACAGUAUUAUCAAUUUUUUUACCAAAAAAUAUAAAUAAUAAUAAUAAUAAUAUAAUACUCAAUGACAUUCCAUUAGUUAGAAAAUCAUUACCAGAUUUAUUUUUAUUUGAUUAUGAAUAUAUACCUGGUAAUUCAACAGAACAAAUACCAAUUAACAUAACAGCUGAUAAAUUAACAAUAAUGAAUUUUAAAAUUGGUCCAAUUAAUGAUAUUGGUGGUACAUUAUCAAUUGGUAUUAAGUUGGUUAAUAAAACUGAUGAUAUUAUUGUCAUUGGUUGUAUUUCAUUAGGAUAUAUAACAAAUAUCACUGCUGGCGGUGGUUGUAAAAGAAAUGACGUAAUAACAACAUCAGAUAUUUGGGCUAAUUCAACAAAACCAAUAACUAUACAUAUACCAUAUCCAGAUCCAGGAAUAUGGCAUUUAACAAUUAGAGCAUUUAAAUUAAUUAAAGAAAAUAAUAAAUUAAGUAUAAAUAAUAAUAAUUGUACCUGUAUUGAUAAAUGUCAAAUAAUUGGCUGUGAUGAUUGUGAAUGUUUUAAAAAAACAACAACAAAAAUUGAAACAAAUAUUGGCUCAUCACCUUGUAUUGAAGGUGGUUGUAAUAAAAAUGGACAUUGUCAUCAUCAUCCAAAUAGUGGUGGUUUUAUUAUAACAUCAUGUCAUUGUACUGGUGGUUAUCGUGGUUUUGAUUGUACUGAUAAUACAUAUGUAUUAACAAGUAGUACUGUUAAAAUACAUUUAUUAAUGUUAACAAUGAGUAAUUUAGCAUUUAUUGGAUCAAUAUAUAUUGCAUAUAAACGUGAAUAUUAUAGUGAAUCAAUUGUUUAUACAGCUGUUAUGUUUUUUUCAAUUUUUUAUCAUGCAUGUGAAGCUGGUGAAGAUAUUAUAAAUAUAUGUAUUACUAAAAUAAGUGUAUUACAAUUUUGUGAUUUUUAUAAUGCAUUAUUAUCAAUAUGGGUUACAUUAAUUGCAAUGACAUCAUUUGGACAAAAAUUAACAUGUUUUUUACAAAUAUUUGGUGCAAUUGUACUUGCAUUUUGUGCUGAAAUUGAUCGUACAGCAUUAUGGGUUUUUUUACUUCCAACAUUAAGUGGUUGUAUACUUAUUGGAUUUGCAUGGGGUAUGAGAUGUCAUCGUCAAAGAAAUUUUAAAUAUCCAGCAUUAAGAUAUAGAAGUGUUUAUUUAUCAACUGGUCUUGGUAUUGUAUUUGUUGGUUUAAUAUGUUAUGCAUUUUUACAAACACGUAAAAAUUAUCAUGUAUUACAUAGUUUUUGGCAUAUAUGUACGGCAAUUGGUAUUAUGUUAUUAUUACCAAAAAAAAAAUAUAUGAAAUAGUACAGGAGUUCGCUUGACGAUAAUGAUGAAUCAUAUGAAGAAGCAAUACAUGCCUUCAGCUCACCUGUCGUCAGCGAUUAUGAUCAUGAUUGUGAUUUAAGUGAUUCAUUUUUACAAGCACUUGAUGAUUUAUUAUAAAUUAUAAUAUAAUUAGAUAUAUAUAUAUUUAAAUUUCAAUCUAAUUCAAUUGCAAUUAAAAGAAUUAUAUAGUAUUUAAAAAUACAAAAUUAUUAUUAAUAAAAAUUUUAAAAUGCACUAUGUUUUUAGAGACAAUAAUAAUAAACUUCCAAUUAAAAAUAUUUAA